CCGGCUGGGGAGGUGGAGGACGGGGAGAGAAGCCGAAGGAGGAUCCGGGAGCCUGCGGAAACAAAAAGGGUCAGGCCUGGGACUUGGCGAAAAGGGGGAUCGUAUUGAAGAAGGAUUAUCAGCUUUUGACCUCAUUUUUUACUUUUACUUUUAUAUCGUUUUUUUAAUUAUUGAAGUAACUUUAAGUCACUCUUCAUGACAAUGCCGUCCAACUCCGUCACCAGCACUGCCAAUACCACCAUCUUCAAAAGCUCAGAGUACACGUGUGACCCAGCCGGCAACAGAAUGCAGAGCGACAGCAGCAGGCUGGACAAGCAGUUUGUCGCCAUGGAGAGAGAGAGAGAGAGAGAGAGCCCUGCCCACCACAGCAGCCCUGCCUCCGCCAAGGUCGGUCGACCGGGACGCAAGCGGAAACCCUUCCCACCGCGGAUGGAGGGGUCAGGAGUGGUGGGUGGUGUGGUCCGGAGUCACCCUGAGCCACAGAGCCACAUGACCUCUCAGGUGCACAAUGGCGAUCUGGGUCACCAUCACCAUCACCAUGGCGACCGGGCCGCAGCAGCAGCGGCAGCGGUGGCAGGGAUGAAGCUCAAGGAGGAGCCCGACCCGCUGCCGGAGAACGGGCUCUUUGGGAGCAUGGGAGCGGGCAUCGGACCCGGACAUGGCCCAGUCCCGGGCCUGAGUCUGGGCUUGGGUCUGGGCCUUGGCCUGUCUGCCACGGAGAACGGGCUGGUGGGGGUGGGGGUGGGGGCGCCCAGCCGGGACGAGCAGGAGAACCCCGAGAAGGACAAGGAAGAGGGCCUGGGGCUGGGGCCCCCGCACAGGAAACGAGGUCGCAGGAAACUGGAGCGGCCCACUAAAUAUGUGGAGCAGAAGGAGGAGGACGGUGGAGACGGCGGGAAGAGCGAGGGAGCGGGAGCGCGGGGGCGUCUGCGGGGGGGCGUGGGCUGGGAGAUCAGCCUCCGGCAGCGGCCCAUGCCCCGGGUCACCUUCCAGGCCGGGGACCCCUAUUACAUUAGCAAGAGGACCAGGGAGGAGUGGCUCAACAAGUGGAAGAUGGAGGCAGAGAAGAAGGCCAAACUGGUGUCUGUGAUGAGCAGCAUGGAUGCUCAUGGAGACAUGGCAGACGAAGCCCAGGCGGAGGAGGAGCUGCUGCUGGAUGGUCCGCCGUCCCGCCAGAGCCAGUCUCAACCCCGUCCCCAUCCCCAUCCCCAUCCCCAUCCCCAUCCCCAGUCCCAGCAUCAGCCUCAGCAUCAGCCUCAAACUCUUCAACCCCAGCCUCAGAGUAAGCCUCAAACCCAGGCCCACUCGCAGCCUAAUAAGCCCCUAACGCAUCCCAAGCCCCCCAGCCACCCCCGCCACCACCACCACCACCACCAUCACCAUCACCCACAGCCCCAGCCCCAGCCCCAGCCUCAGCAGCCACAGAUACAGCCUCAAAGCCAACCUGAUCCACAGCCUCAGACGCAGCAGCCCAAGCCUCAGUCCCUGUCCCAGUCCCAGCUGCCGCCCCAGAAGCAGCCACAGCAGCAGCAGCCGCCCCAGCAGGGCCAGCCACAGCAGCACAGCCAGCCCCAGCCUCCACAGCUCCAGCAGCAGCAGCCCACCGACCCAGCCUCCCCCACCGUGGCCACCACCCCCGAGCCAGUGCCCAUGGGGGGAGAUGGGGGGGACAAGACCUCGCCCAAAGCUGCAGACAUGGAGCCCGAGUAUGAGGAUGGCCGUGGCUUUGGUAUCGGUGAGCUGGUGUGGGGGAAGCUGCGUGGCUUCUCCUGGUGGCCCGGUCGCAUCGUGUCCUGGUGGAUGACGGGCCGCAGCCGGGCUGCAGAGGGCACGCGUUGGGUCAUGUGGUUCGGCGACGGCAAGUUCUCUGUGGUAUGUGUGGAGAAGUUGUUGCCUUUAAGUUCCUUCUCCAAUGCCUUUCACCAGCCAACCUACAGUAAGCAGCCAAUGUACAAGAAAGCCAUCUACGAGGUGCUACAGGCAGCGAGUCAGCGAGCGGGGAAGGUGUUCAUGGGCUGCCCCCAGAGCGACGACACGGACACGGCCAAGUCUGUGGAGCUCCAGAACAAGCAGAUGAUCGAGUGGGCCAUGACGGGCUUCCAGCCCAGUGGACCCAAAGGCCUGGAGCCACCUGAAGAGGAGCGUAACCCGUAUAAGGAGGUGUACCCCGACAUGUGGGUGGAGCCAGAGGCCGCCUACACACCCCCUCCGGCCAAGAGGCCCCGCAAGAGCACGGCGGCCGCCGAGAAGACCAAAGUCAAGGAAAUCAUCGACGAGAAGACGCGGGAGCGACUGGUGUUUGAAGUACGGCAGAAAACGAGAAACAUAGAAGACAUUUGCAUCUCAUGCGGAACCCUGGACGCCACCAUGGAGCACCCGCUCUUCAGAGGAGGGAUGUGUCAAGGCUGCAAGAACUGCUUCCUGGAGUGUGCGUACCAGUACGAUGACGACGGCUACCAGUCCUACUGCACCAUCUGCUGUGGAGGAAGAGAAGUGCUCAUGUGCGGAAACAACAACUGCUGCAGGUGUUUCUGUGUAGAGUGUGUGGACUUGCUGGUGGGCCCAGGCGCAGCUCAGGCAGCUAUAAAAGAGGACCCUUGGAACUGCUACAUGUGCGGCCGCACGGGCCUGUACGGGCUCCUGGAGCGCCGGAAAGACUGGCCCUGUCGCCUGCAACUCUUCUUCGCAAACAACCAUGACCAGGACUUUGAGCCGCCAAAGUUGUAUCCUCCAGUUAUGGCGGAGAAGAGGAAGCCCAUCCGGGUGCUGUCUUUAUUCGACGGCAUCGCUACAGGGCUGCUGGUGCUGAAAGAGCUGGGUAUCCAGGUGGACCGCUACGUGGCGUCGGAGGUGUGCGAGGACUCCAUCACCGUGGGCCUGGUGCGGCACCAUGGACGCAUCAUGUACGUGGGAGACAUCCGCAACGUCACGCGCAAACACAUCCAUGAGUGGGGCCCGUUUGACCUGGUCAUCGGAGGCAGCCCUUGUAACGACCUGUCCAUCGUAAACCCCGCCAGGAAGGGACUCUUUGAGGGCACAGGUCGGCUGUUCUUCGAGUUCUACCGGCUGCUGCACGAGGCGCGUCCUAAGGAGGGCGACCACCGACCAUUCUUCUGGCUGUUUGAGAAUGUGGUGGCCAUGGGGGUCAGCGACAAGAGGGACAUCUCUCGCUUCCUGGAGUGCAACCCUGUGAUGAUCGACGCCAAGGAGGUGUCCGCGGCCCACCGUGCCCGAUACUUCUGGGGCAACCUGCCUGGCAUGAACAGGUUGGUCAGAGAUGAAGAGCCCCUGUCUGCCAUGGGCUCAGACAGACUGGACCUGCAGGACUGCUUAGAGCAUGGGCGGACAGCUAAGUUUGACAAAGUGAGGACCAUCACCACCAGAUCCAACUCCAUUAAGCAGGGUAAAGACCAGCACUUCCCUGUCUUCAUGAACGACAAGGAGGACAUCCUCUGGUGCACGGAGAUGGAGAGGGUCUUCGGAUUCCCUGUCCACUACACGGAUGUGUCCAACAUGAGCCGACUCGCCAGGCAAAGGCUUCUGGGAAGAUCAUGGAGUGUUCCCGUGAUCCGCCACCUCUUUGCACCACUCAAAGAAUACUUUGCCUGUGUUUAACACCCUUUAAACACAUGCUGCAAUGGCAUAUAGAAAUAUCUAAACAAAAAAAAACAAAAAACACUACAAAAAAAAGCUCAAUCACAAGAAAACUGACGUCUGACGAAUUAACAGGAGCCUUGAAACUGUACUCUUGUGUUAUUUACAAGUCAACCAUCGAAACUUAGAUAUUUCAUGUUUUUUUUUCCUGUUUUAAAAACAAAAUGAUUCUUUUUUUUAUUCUAUUUAAUGUUUUUUGUAUUCAUUUUGACUUUUUAGCAGUGUUAUCCAGUGUUUGAACUGAUCUAUUGUGUGCAAGCUAUACACAAGGCAAAGCUCUCCUCUCCAGGCACUGAGUUAAGUGAGGAGGCUAAAAAGAUGUUUAAAACAAGCCUCAUACAACCGUUGCUAUAGUAACAUGUAACCCACCAACAGCCGCGUGAUCUGAUUUUUUUUAUUAUUAUUUUUUUUACGUUUUUGUUUUUGUUCUGUGUUUUUGAAAGACGCCGAUCACUGCCGCCUCAGUCCUCAGUGUCUGGAGAGCAGUCUUGUCUUCAUGAAUCCAAAACACCAGAUCUCAUAUACCUCUUUGUUUACAGUUUCUAUACACAACUGAAAGUAAUAAAGGUACUACUGUAAUAAGUUGACAAAAAUGGUGCUCCGAAGGCGAGGCGUGACAAAACCCACACAACCCAUGUGCCCCCUUGCAGGGCAGGCCCGCUGGAACACCCUCAUACUGUAUGUGGGUAUAAACAACACAUAGGCUCGGGAACACAAAUGAAUCAUAAGUGUGACCAAUAUGCCAUAUCUUGUUUUGUUUCUUGUUUUUUUUUCUACUACACACAACCUCUUUAACUGUUACGCAAAACUACAAACUGGUGCUUUAAAAAAAAAAAAACCUGAACCUGCAAGCCUUCUGUUGCCAUGGCUACUGGCCUGCGAUUGGCCACAUGGGUUGUGGUGUUUGUUCCCUUGGCCUCUUUCCUUGAGACGAGACGUCUUGAGCGGACGCCCGACUCUCUUUCCCGCGGCGUCCCUCAGACCGACCGUCCUCGUUACUGUACACUUACAGCAGGUGUGGUGGCAGCAGGAGGAGUGUGUGGGUGAGUGUGUGUGUACGUGUGUGUUUGCGUGUCUGGGAGUGUGUGUGUGUGUGUGUGUGUGUGUGUGUGUGUGUGUGUGUGUGUGUGUCUGGGUGUGUGUGUGGGUGUGUGUGUAUGUGUGGUGUGUGUACACCACCACCCCACUGCCUCUCCACAAGCUAAACUCAAGUUCAGGUGCAAAAUUUCAGCAUAUAUGGUGCGGCUUCACGUGGUUCUUCUACCUUUUAUAGCAACUUUUUGUGCUUUAUUACCAACUAUAUUGAGCACUUUUAUACGUAUCCUUCUGUUGUUUCUCUGGUAUUUUUAAGAUUUCUUUUUCUUUUCUUGAUUCAUGUGAAUUUUUUUUGUUUGUUUCUGGUAUUUUUGUUGUUCUAUGAUGUGAAACUCUCGUAGUCUAUUGUAUGAUGUUUCUGGUGGCCAGUAGGGCUGUGCCAGUAGAUGUGAAAGAGUUUGUUUAUUUUCCACCUUUUUAUUUUCAUUUUUUUUAAAGUGUAGAAGCAAAUCUGUUCUCGUGUGCAGGCAAGAGGAUUUAACUCAGAAUGUUCUAGGCCCCUGCACCUGUUCUAGGCCCCUGUACCUGUUCUACCCUGCUAUUGUAGAUCUGGGGUGCAUUUCUCGGAAGAGUAGUUGCUAACUAUGUCAGCUACUUUGUUGGUUGCAAUGCAAUUUCCCAUUGGCAACUACCCAAGUUGCUAACAACUACGCUUUUGAGAAAUGCACCCCUGAGUGGGGGAUUUCAAACCCACCCACCCACACCCUCCCACAGAUCAGCUCAGACAGGCACCUCUGUCCCUUCCCCUUCCCCUCCUCCCAACCCCUCUGGCCAGGUCCAGAUAGUCUUUACUGUCACUUUAACUCCAACAUGGAUUCAAAUGAUUGUAAUCUGGAUUGUAAAUCUCUCUCUCUCUCUCUCUCUCUCUCUCUCUCUCUCUCUCUCUCUCUCUCUCUCUCUCUCUCUCGUUCUCUCUCGCUCUCAUAUUCAAUGAUAACUGAAGGUGCAGGGAAAGAAAGACAGUGUAGAAAUAGACAGUACACCUGCUUUUUAUUAUGCUUGCUUAGGUAGUAUUGAGGAUAAUGCUUUUAAUGAAUAAAUAAGGCAGCAGAGUUCCAAUCAUGUGUGAAGACAAAAGUAGCAGCUGUUAAUGGAACAGAGUCUGAAACCAGAUGAGAGUCCGAACUGUUCUAACAUCAGACAGCUUCUGGACUUCCACAGCACUGAAAAGAGAUGUUUGCGAGGACCGAUAGAGUUAAAUUUUAAUGCAGAUCCCCCCUUUUAUUCUUCAGAAUAAUUCACAAAGCCCAGACAUGGCUCUUGCCAUCUUGGGUUUUUGUACAUUUUGUACAUAACCUCUUCCUGUUGCUGUUUGGGUUUCUUUCGAAAUAGCUUAUGAGAUGUACAAAUAUAAUUCUUUGCUAAUAUAUAUCAAGGAAUUAGGAAUUCUCAGAUUUUAAAAAAAGACCUGAUGAAAUUGUUUGGGUGUUAUUGACAAAAUGUUAAGCAGCAUAAGCUAUGAAGCCUUUUGAUGGGGACAAUAGGGGUGAUUUGAAAAAAAUAUAUAUUUAUGAAUUUAUUUUUGUUUUCCUCAAGCGGGGAGAUAACGAAUUUGUGAAGUGAUGAGAACAGUUGGAACAGUCUCACCUAGACCGCACAGCCCUACGUCGCCUCAACCAGUUUCUCUCUCCUUUAACCCUACGUCUCUGCUGCACUCAAGUCUGUUUCUUUGGCUUUUCCUUUUUCUAUUUUACUAAAAGAGGGAUUGUAGGUGUUUCCUAAGGUGCUAAACAUUUUAUGGAAUUGAGGAAAAAAUAUAUAUUGUUUGGAAGAGAAAAUAAAACCUUGUCUGACUGUUUUUAAGUUCCUUGUAAUCUGGGUAAAGCGCUGUUGCUUAGCUCCCUCCUCUGAUGAUGAGUAUGUUAACAAAGGCAUUUAACUUUGUACUUGAAUGAUAAAUAAUGGAACAGAUUCUUCUAUUGUCUUAGACUAGACAUGGCUGUAGUUGGUGCUUAUCUGUGGGGUGUAAUCAUGAGUUCAUAUUGGGAAGUAACAAAAGAAAAAAUCGGUUUUUGUAAUCAUGUUUACUGUUCACUUAUGUAUCUGCUUAGUGCCCGGUGGCAUUGCUUCGUAAUCUGGCAUUCCAUGCAGCCCCCUCCCCCCAUGUUGGAUUUGAUUUUUAUAUAUAUAACUCUUGUCAUUUGUUAUAUAAAAAAGAACUUUGAUAUUUAUUUGGCUACAACUCUUGGAGAUGACUUGGAUUCUUUAUACUAUAUCUCAGUGUCUCUUUUUGUGAUUAUUUCUUCAUGUAUCAUACCUGUUUCCGGCGUCUCGCUGCCCUCUCGAAUCUCCGCGCAUACAGCAGAUGUAGCAGUCAUUCUCUCCCUUUCUCUGUCUCCUUGCUCUGCGCCUAGAGAGAGAGAGGAGGGAGUCUUUUGUCCCUGUGCUGGAGAACACUUGAAUAAAUGUUUUGUUUUUGUGCAAAAUUCGCUCCUGUAAUUUUUCUUCUCACAGUCAGAUAAAAUGUUGCCCUCUGAGUUUGGUUUGAGUAAUAGCCUACCUUGAAUAAAGAUUCUAAAUGAUCCUAAUUUGCAACUUGUUU